AUGAGACACAUCUGUCAGUAUGACACCGCCAAGGUGGAAUACUCUUGUCGAGACCUAAUGGAUUUUGUAGAUCCUCAUAAGCGUUCUGAAGAAAAGAAGAAUGAAGACAAGACACACUUUUGCUAUUCUAUUGAUCUUCUUAAAGCCUUUAACCAUGUAGGAGUUAAAGGUAUCGAAAGAGAACAAUCUCGUUCGUUUGAAGUUGACUGCAGAGAAUAA